CGGUGCCGGGAGACUCCGAGAAGAAGGCCCCUGGCGGUUGGGCAGCGUUGGGUAAGGCUGGUUUUAAAGGAGUCGGAGGUGGGAGCUAUCGAAGACCGGGGAUCCGCGGGAGGCGGCGGCCGCAGCCUGGCAUCCCCCAGGGACCCCCCGGAGCCGCCGCUUCCCCCAUGGACUUGCCUGGGGACUCCAGCUCAUCUAGCCGGCUGUGCCGUCAGCCCCUAGCUCGAUCAUUAUGGGAAGCCAGGAGCCCAAAACGGCCAAGGCUGCAGCCCGUGGGAGCCCCUUCGCCCCUGGAAAAGGCCUCUCGGAGGGUCCUUGCCGUGGUGUUGGAAGAUGUUAUGGCUGCCCACAUGGUCCCCCUGGUCCCUCAAGAGAAGAACUGUAUUCCACAGCAACACAGCAAUCUUCAAGAUUCUGUCUGCAGCCAGUCACGUGCCUCACAACCCCAAAAGAUCAAGUGGCCUUCACAGGCCAGGCCUCCUGACCCCCUGCAUUUGUGCCGAGAACCCUUGAGUCGAAUCCAUCGGCCCUCUUCUACCCUGAGGCAACGAUCAAGGACAACCCCCAUCCCAGAGGAGAGCCCUUCACCAAAGGUGGGCCAGGGCCCCCAACCUACCCUGGUGGUGAUGCUAGAAGACAUUGCUGGUCCCAGACUCCCAGCUGAGGACUUCGUGGAUGAGAACCCCACCUUCGCCAUCCCAUCACAAAGAGUUGAGCCCAUGGCAAAGAUUCACCAGCUAAUGCCUGCAUCUGAGGACCUAGAACCUCCAUUCCAGCCGUCCACCCUUACUGCAGACCCACCAGAGAGCCCACCACCAGCCCCAGAUCCUGCUCUGGAGCCCCCAUCGACCCCACCACCAUCCAGUCUUUUACGCCCCCGCCUCAGUCCCUGGGGCUUGGCCCCCCUCUUCCGUUCCGUCCGCUCCAAGCUGGAGAGUUUCGCUGACAUCUUCCUCACGCCCAACAAGACCCCGCGGGCCCCACCCCCAUCAUCUCCCAUGAAGCUGGAGUUGAAGAUUGCCAUCUCAGAGGCUGAGCAGUCCCGGGCUGAGGGCAUUACAUCUGUUAGUCCCCGGCCCCCCAUCCGCCAGUGGCGGGCUCAGGACCAUAAUACCCCAGCACCUCUCCCUAAGCUUUCUCUGGGCCGAAGCCACUCCUGCCCUGAUCUGGGGCCCCCUGGCCCAGGUACCUGCACCUGGCCCCCUGUUCCACCCCAAACAAGCUGGUCCAGGCCCCGGCGGCACACUGUGGGUGGUGGGGAGAUGGCCCGAGCCCCACCACCUCCUCGGCCCUGUCUCCGGAAAGAGGUCUUCCCUCUUGGAGGAAUGGUUGCCUCCCCUUCUCUCACCACAUCUUGCUCGUCCAGUGCAUCCACCUCCUCCUUCUCCGAACCAGCAGAACCCAGAUUGGGCUCAACCAAGGGGAAGGAACCAAGAUCCUCAAAAGACCAGGUGCUUUCAGACCCUGAGACCAAGACUAUGGGAAAGGUUUCUGGAUUCAGAAUACGCAAGACACCAGUCCGUCCUCAAAUAAACCUUACACCAAUGGGGCUGCCUCGACCAGUCAGGUUAAACAAGAAGGAGUUCAGCUUGGAAGAAAUUUAUACCAACAAGAAUUAUCAAUCACCCACAACCAGGAGGACCUUUGAGACCAUCUUUGAGGAACCCCGGGAGCGCAAUGGGACUCUGAUUCUCACCAGCUCAAGGAAGCUCCGGCGGGCUGUAGAAUUUCGGGACAGCAGUCUUCCCCGAUCCCGUCGGCCAUCCCGUGGGGUCCGGGCAGCAGCUAGCAGGACCCUUACUCCCAACCUGGUACCCAGCCCAGAUGUGGGAACCCUGCUGCAGCAGCGGCUGGAGGAGCUAGAUGCCUUGUUCCUGGAGGAGGAAAUAGAUGGGGAGCAGCCCCAUCAACCCUAGAAACUCUUGUUUGUCCAUCCAUUUGGAGGGAUGGGAACCUCUAAGGCACUUAUAUUUUUUUCUCUAUAUUUCUAGUAAAGUUUUCGAUAUGUUUCUGA